AUGUCGGAGUCCAAUUCUCUGCUCCGUCCAGAGCCGGAAUCCCGGCGUUCCCUGCGAGACCGAAUCGUUGAUGCCUUUCGACAGACCAGCAGCUCGACCCCGCCGUCGGAGGAAUCUGUUGGGGAUGGAACACCGAGAAGUCAUAGGAGGGUGCCACCAGCGGGCAAUUCCAGUGAACCGGACGCAAGAAGCCGCCUCCUAGAGUCGUAUUAUCGACAAGACCCGGCCUGUGGCUCCAAAAGAUGCAGCCAUGGCACUUUCUCUCCACGGGUCGAAGACGGAGAACGGCAAUCAUGGCUGGGAUCCUCAAGCCUCCGGUGCGAGCACGGGGCAGGCGACGGCGGCGAGGGUUCCGGGCCAGACGACCGGCCGGACUCGGAGAAUCUGUCGCAGAUGAAGUCUUCUCUCUCGGCUCUCUCCCUGAAUGACCAGAAGAAAUUGUACUUAUCAUACUACAUUCCCUUCUUCACCUGGAUUGGGCAAUACCGCUGGUCAUUUAUCCGUGGAGACUUCAUCGCGGCCCUGACGAUCGCGUCCAUAUAUAUCCCCGUGGCGCUGUCGUUGGCGUCUAAUCUUGCACAUGCACCACCCAUCAAUGGCCUUUAUUCUUUCGUGAUUAAUCCUCUGGUCUAUUCGCUACUCGGAAGCUGUCCGCUCUUAGUUGUCGGGCCAGAAGCUGCCGGCUCUCUGUUGACAGGAGAAAUUGUCAAGGCGAGCAUCUCGCAAGGGCACUCGGGCGAGGACGAUAGUUUGGCUAGCGCCAUGGUCAUAGGAGUAGCCACUUCCAUGGCGGGUGCCAUGAUUCUCGUUGCGGGCCUGACUCGCCUGGGCUUUUUGGACAAUGUCCUCAGUCGACCGUUCCUGAGAGGAUUCAUUACCGCUAUUGGCUUUGUGAUCUUCGUGGAUCAGCUCAUCCCGGAACUGGGACUGGCAGAUCCUGCCCAAGAGUCGGGUGCGAGCCACGGUUCCACAGCACAGAAACUGGCAUUUAUUGUCCGGAACAUCAAAGACUCGCAUGUGCUCACUGCUGCGGUGUCCGUUGUCAGUUUCGUCGUCAUUAUGAUCUUCCGAACACUGAAGAAGUGGCUGAUGCCACGCUAUCCACAAGUGGUUUACUUCCCCGACCGCUUCCUAAUCGUGGUCCUCUCUGCCAUUCUCGCUUGGAAGCUCGACUGGGAGGACAAAGGUCUCGAGCUGCUGGGCCAUACCGAGAUCAGCUCCAGCCGCCUAUUUGUCUUCCAAUGGCCCUUCCAGGCUGCACUGAUGAAACACAUUCGCACCGCCAUGAGCAAGGCGUUCAUAAUUGCCCUUCUUGGCUUCUUCGAGUCAUCGGUUGCAGCAAAAGGUCUGGGCGACGGCUGUCCCGACGGCGUCAAGGGCAUGAACAUCAGUGCCAAUCGGGAAAUGGUCGCUCUAGGCGUUGCAAAUUUGGCCGGAGGUUGUUUCAUGGCUCUUCCUGCAUUUGGCGGGUACGGACGAAGCAGAGUCAAUCAGCAGACCGGCGCGCGCUCACCCAUGAGCAAUGUCUUUCUGAGUGCUAUCACGCUAGUCUGCAUAUUGGUGCUUCUGCCGUAUCUCUACUACCUUCCCGUUAGUUCAUCCUUUUCUUCAGACGUCUCACCACUAACCACACUCCAGAAACCGGUCCUCUGCUCCAUGAUCUCCGUCGUUGCUUUCACCCUGGUGGAAGAAUGCCCCUCAGACAUUAUAUUCUUCUUCCGUCUCCGCGGCUGGACCGAACUCAGCCUCAUGCUGCUCAUCUUUUUAACCACAAUCUUCUACUCCCUCGAACUAGGCAUGGCCUUCGGCAUCGGGCUAUCAGUCAUAAUCCUCAUCCGACACUCGACCAAACCACGCAUCCAAAUUCUAGGCAAAGUACCCGGUACAGCGCGCUUCGACAACGCUGAACUCCGCCCGGAGGACAUCGAAUUAAUCGAAGGCGCACUGAUCGUCAAAAUCCCCGAACCCCUCACCUUCGCCAAUACAGGCGAUCUGAAAAAUCGUCUCCGCCGAUUAGAACUAUACGGCUCGAGCCGUACACACCCGUCUCUGCCGCGCAUGCGCCCUGCGGAAAAUAACAAGAACAUCGUCUUCGACGUACACGGCGUGACGAGCAUCGAUGGCUCGGGCACGCAGGUGCUCUGGGAAAUCGUACGCACGUACACCGAGAACGGGGCGAGAGUGUUCUUCUGUCGCUUGCCGAAUGCGGAGGUGUUUUCAAUGUUUGAACGCAGUGGCAUUGUGGAGCAAUGCGGUGGGCUUAUGCAUUUUGUGCCGAGUGUGGAUGAAGCGCUUCGGUUGGCUGACACGGAGGAGCACAUAGACGAGAUGUAG